AUGUCUCGUAACUCAGACAGUCCAGUUCAAACCCAAAUGGCGGUCGCUGUUUUCAACAGUCCUUUAGGGAGAGAAUACCAUGGAACCAGUAAAAUGGAAGGGAUGAAGCAUUUAACAGGAAGAAGACGAGUCUUUGUUCAAACUGAAUCCGGUUGUGUCUUAGGAAUGGAGCUAGAUCGAAGUGAUAACGCUCAUACAGUGAAACGAAGGUUACAAAUAGCUCUAAGUCUCCCAAUCGAAGAAAGCUCUCUAACUUUUGGUGACAUGGUUUUAAACAACGACCUCAGUGCCAUUCGUGACCAUUCUCCUCUUCUCUUAACAAGAAACAUCUUACACAGAAGCUCUUCAACUCCAUGUUUAUCCCCAACUGGUAGAGACACCCGCCAAAAAGACCAAAACAUCCCCGUUGAAAUCCUGGGGCAUUCUAGUAAUUUCAACCAAACAAAACCACUCGUUGAUGAAGUUGUGAACGCGAUAAUCUCCGGGGUUGACCCGAUCCCGGUCAACGGUGGUCUUGGAGGAGCUUAUUACUUCAAAAACUGUCAAGGUGAAAGUGUCGCUAUUGUAAAACCUACAGAUGAAGAACCUUUUGCUCCUAAUAACCCAAAAGGGUUUAUUGGUAAAACCCUUGGUCAACCAGGGUUAAAACGGUCAGUUCGCGUUGGUGAAACCGGUUUCAGAGAAGUAGCAGCUUAUCUUCUUGAUUAUGAUCAUUUUGCUAAUGUCCCCCCUACAGCUUUAGUCAAAAUCACACAUUCAAUCUUCAAUGUCAAUGACAGUGUUUGCAACAACAACAACAAUAAGAACAACAAGAAGAAAACAGAAAGAAAGAAGAAGGUGUUUAGCAAGAUUGCUUCAUUUCAGCAAUUCAUCCCUCAUGAUUUUGAUGCAAGUGAUUAUGGAACUUCAAGCUUCCCUGUGUCAGCUGUUCAUAGAAUCGGGAUCUUAGAUAUUCGAAUCUUUAACACAGAUAGACAUGGAGGAAAUUUGUUAGUAAGAAAGAUGAAAAAUUCUGAAGUUGGAAGAUUUAGUGAAGUUGAAUUGAUACCUAUUGAUCAUGGGCUUUGUUUACCUGAAAAUCUAGAAGACCCGUAUUUCGAAUGGAUCCAUUGGCCUCAAGCUUCGAUUCCAUUUUCAGAUGAUGAACUUGAAUACAUUGAGAAACUCGAUCCGUUUCAUGAUUCAGACAUGUUAAGAUCUGAACUUCCAAUGAUAAGAGAAGCUUGUUUAAGGGUUUUGAUUUUGUGUACGAUUUUUUUAAAAGAAGCAGCUCGAUUUGGUUUAUGUGUUGGUGAAAUUGGAGAGAUGAUGAGUCGGGAAUUUCGUAGGGGUGAAGAGGAACCGAGUGAACUCGAGUUUGAAAUUGAUUGUGAUGAUUCGAUUUCUGCUUUUGAUUUUACUCCUAAAAUGUCGGAGAAUUUCGUAAACAGUAAUCUUUCAUUCCAUUUGAGAAACCCGCUUUCGAAGCUUGAAGAAGCGAUUGAAGAAGAUGAAAGUGAAGAAGAUGUUUCAAAUCUGUCAAUGUCUUUCAAGAACAACUGUAGUUUUAGUGAUAAGUUGAAGAAGAAAACAGAGAAUAUGAGUUAUGUAGGAGUGAAUUCGUCAUCCGGACACAGGAGUGCCAAUGAGCUGAUGCCAGCUGGCGCUAGUUUUGUGAAGCUUUCAGACAUGAAUGAAGAGGAAUGGAGUUUGUUUCUUGAAAAGUUUCAGGAUUUGAUUUACACAGCUUUUGCUAAACGUAAGUCAAUUUCAAUAGGACAAAGGCAAAGACAAAGGCUUGGGACUUCUUGCCAGUUUUGA